AGUAAACAUAAAAGGAAAUAAAGAUAAGAUUAAAGAGGAGCAGACAGGAGGAUGCUGACUAGAAAGCCGAUGGGUCGUGUAAUUACAGUAGCUGGAGGACUUUCUACAUCCCAGUCCAUAUUAACAUCUGAAUACCCGAGCUGGGCUCUUGGGCCACACAAUGUACUGAUGACACUAUCUUCUGCUUCCAUCGAAUACCUCCUUUCUUAUCCAGCUGAGGAGGGAAUGCCAGUCCAACCUCCGGAAAAGGUGUCGACAUUGACAGAUAUUAAUUCCCCUAAAUUGGUCCAAACUAGUUGCCGAAAUUCAUUUCCUCUUUACCGUCCGGGAGGUGGGGACAUCCUGUCACCAAGGAUCCAGAUUGUCCUGACUCAGAGUAUCCGCCAUGAAGUCAGCUCUAAUAAUACGGAAGAGUUCAAUGGCAGAACUGCAUUCCAGUUGCCGGAGAACAGAGGCGGUUGGAAUAGUUGCAUGUUCUCACUCAGUCAGUGUACCUUCGUCCUUCAGGAUUAG